UUUCAUCCUCUUCUCGCUGUCUCGCUCUCUCUCUCUCUCUCUCUCUCUCCCUACGCAUAACAUUAUUGCAAAUUAGAGCUUCUCUCGUCGCUAAUUUCUUCAAUUUCGCCUAAGGAGUCUGGUUCAAUGGCUUCGAUGGGAUCUUCUUUUUGGUGCUACAGAUGCAACCGCUCCAUCAGGGUCAGGGUUCGGGCAAUCCAUGAUUCGAUUCUUUGCCCCGACUGUGGCUGCGGCUUCGUCGAGGAAAUUGGAACCCCUUCUCGCUCCCCGCUCCACCAUCAAUUCCCGGCCGCUGCGAUGUACCCAUCUAAUUCGGAUCACAUUACCGCCCCGAGAUUGCGCCGCAACCGUCGGCAUGGCGGAGAUCGCUCCCCUUUUAAUCCUGUCAUCGUCCUCCGUGGGCCUCCAGAUGGUGGUGGCGAGAAUGAGGGAGGUUCCGGGAACUUUGAGCUAUAUUAUGAUGGUGGUGUUGGGUCUGGCCUCCGUCCUUUACCGGCAAGCAUGUCGGAGUUCUUGAUGGGAUCGGGAUUUGAUCGGCUCCUUGAUCAGUUGACUCAGUUGGAAAUCAACGGCGUUGGUCGAUUCGAGCAUCCACCAGCUUCGAAAGCGGCAAUAGAGUCAAUGCCUGUGGUCAAAAUCCUCUCUAGCCAUGUCUCUACGGAACCUCACUGCGCAAUUUGUAAAGAACCAUUUGAACUUAAUACGGAGGCGCGCGAGAUGCCAUGUAAGCACAUUUAUCACUCCGAUUGCAUCCUCCCGUGGUUAUCUCUUCGCAAUUCUUGUCCAGUUUGUCGGCAUGAGCUACCGACAGAUGUGCGUAGAAAUGGCGGUGGGAGUGGCAGGAAUUCACCGGAAUCAGGUUUUGAGACCAUGGGGUUAACGAUAUGGAGACUUCCAGGUGGCGGUUUUGCGGUGGGGAGAUUUUCCGGAGGAAGGAGAGCGGCAGAGAGUGAGCCCCCUGCUGUGUUCACGGAGGUGGAUGGUGGGUUCAACACUGCCGGUGCGCCCAGGAGGAUUUCAUGGGCGCCCAUGAGGAUUUCAUGGGCACCCAGUGGGAGGAGAUCAAGAGAGGGUGGAGGGUUAGGCCGAGCUUUUCGCAAUUUCUUUUCCUUUUUUGAAAGGAUCAGAAGGCGUGUUAGCAAUGAAUCUGGUUUGACGCGAAGAAGUAGAUCAAAUUCAAUGUUGGAUAGGUCCUCAAGGAAUGAAAACUCGCCUUAGGUUAUGCAAGAUAACGAUGGUGAAUUGAAUUGUGUUUAGGUUACUUAUCUAAUUACUGAUAUCAUCAAUUAUUGGAGUUUUCCAUUCCUCAUAAUAAAAGGGAAUAUAUGUACAUACAAUUCAGUUUACUGUAAAUAGCAACAAUCAAGGAAUAUAUGAGGGAUUGUCUGGUAUAAAUUCUGUCAAGGAGAGAAAUUUUGGAAUAUGGUAGGAGAUUAGUUCUCAUUCUUAUUGAAGAUGGAGAAUAAGAAGACUACGAUGAAAGCUGUGCAAUUAGAGUGGGUCUUUAGAAGUUACUGAGAAUUGGAUCAGGUGGCUUUGGUGGAACUUCUGUUAAUUUGCUAAUAAAACUAUGAGCAUUGAGGAAGCAGAUCUGCACUUCUAACAGCAGAUACACGAGUCUUGAUGGCAAAUGCACAGUAUGGCAUCAUCAGGAUAUCUUAUUGCAUUCAUGGAAACUCGGAAAGCCAGCAUAUAACAAGCAAUUAGCUUUCGGUAAGGACAACAACCCACUUAGGAAAGAGAAAGAGUCCACAUGUUUGAUCUGCCAGCGAGGCCCCUGUCGUCAUAUUGUGUGGCUGGAAAUGAAGGCAUCAAAUACAAAAUCAGUUGUGAUUGCCACAUUGCCCCUGUGCUUUGAUUUUUUUUGAGCAGCAUUAGGAGUUUUGGAUGCGGCCAUCUGAUUCUACCGGACAAUGCUUAGAUAUGCAUGAGAUUUUUGCUAUGAGGAAAGAGUGGUGCCCUUGCUGUGAUUGUGGUAAACAAAAUGUGGAUUGCAAAAGCUUAACUUUGUAUAGUGUUGAUGUGAAAUUACCUGGAAUUUGUGGUGCUUAUGUUUUUGAUUCAUUAAAGUCUCAUUUACAGGUACAGUUAUGUAAAUAGUAUAAAGUUAAAGAAGCUGGUCUUAUUCUUUC